AUGGAAGACCCACAAGCAGAGAUACCCCAAGUAAUCCACCUCCUCACGCAAUCACCGCCCUCCACCCAACGCAAAACCCUCGAGACAUACUUCACGCCCUCCGCCUCCUUCACGCACCCUUUCUGCCGCACCGGCAGCUUCGAGGGCAGCAGGUGGUUGAUAUGGUGCAUAUACCGCUGGUACAAGAUCAUGAGUCCGAAGAUUGAGAUCAGUGUGGACAGCGUUGCCUACGAUCCGAAAAACCUAAUCCUCUACGUCUCCAUCCACCAACUCUUCCGCGUCUGGCUCGUCCCCUUCUUCUCCGCGCGCGUCUCCCUCGUCACGGUCUUGCACCUCGUGCCUCGGAAACACUCCUCUCCGACCACGUAUCUGAUCCAAUCGCAAAACGAUCUCUACCAAGUCAACGAGUUUGUCAAGUUCGCGAGCCAGUUCGGCAUCCUGAGCGUGUUUGUGUAUGCGUGGCAGUUGCUCGCGACGCUGUUUUGCGUGCUCGGGGCGGGGCUGUUCUGGCCUGUGAGCUGGGUGGAGCAGAAUAUGGUGGGCGGGAAUGAGCAGAGGAGUUUGGUGGAUGUCGUGAAAGGGUGA